CCUGAAUUUAAACCUCACUUGCCGGGUUUCAGAUACAACUUCCUUGCCAAAACCCUCGGAGCGACGAUGUGGUUCUUCAUCUUCUACCGCGCCAGACAAGAUGGUGCAAAGCUAUUGGGUGCACACCCAUGGGAGGCGCAUGGUCAUGGACAUGGACAUGGAGAGGAGUCUCAU